AACUAUGUCUCUUUAUUUCAACAGAAUGCUGAAAUUUCGGUAUUUGAAGUGAACAUUCGUUUUGUUGGUGGACUACUUUCAGCUUACUAUCUUUCAGGAGAAGAGGUUUUCCGAAAAAAGGCAGUGGAGCUUGGAGAGAAAUUGCUACCUGCUUUCAACACUCCCACUGGGAUACCUUGGGCAUUGCUUAAUAUCAAGAGUGGAAUCGGUCGAAAUUGGCCAUGGGCCUCUGGCGGCAGCAGCAUUUUGGCAGAAUUUGGGACUUUGCAUCUGGAGUUCGUACACUUGAGCUACCUGUCUGGAAACCCUGUCUUUGCUGAAAAGGUAAUGAAUAUCCGAAAAGUUCUAAAUCGACUGGAUAAACCAGAGGGCCUGUACCCCAACUAUCUGAAUCCCAGCAGUGGCCAAUGGGGCCAACAUCAUGUCUCCGUUGGAGGGCUUGGGGAUAGCUUUUAUGAAUAUUUGCUCAAGGCAUGGCUGAUGACGGACAAGACAGAUGAAGAAGGCAAGAAAAUGUAUUAUGAUGCUGUUCAGGCCAUAGAGACCCACCUCAUUCGAAAAUCAAGCGGGGGGCUGACAUACAUUGCUGAGUGGAAGGGUGGACUGCUUGAACACAAGAUGGGACAUCUCACUUGUUUUGCUGGAGGCAUGUUUGCUCUAGGAGCAGACGGAGCACCCAAUGACAAGACAGGCCAUCACAUCGAGCUCGGUGCUGAAAUUGCAAGGACUUGCCAUGAAUCCUAUGAUCGUACAAGCAUGAAACUGGGACCAGAAGCCUUCAGAUUUGAUGGUGGUGUUGAGGCCAUUGCUACAAGACAAAAUGAAAAAUACUACAUCCUACGACCAGAAGUCAUAGAGACCUACAUGUACAUGUGGCGGCUCACUCAUGACCCAAAGUACAGGCAGUGGGGAUGGGAAGCUGUAGAGGCACUGGAAAAACACUGCAGAGUAGAUGGUGGCUAUUCUGGAAUUAGAGAUGUUUAUAAUGAUCAUGAAAGCCAUGAUGAUGUUCAGCAAAGUUUCUUCCUUUCGGAAACACUCAAGUACUUGUAUUUGCUGUUUUCUGAAGAUGAUCUUCUUCCAUUUGAACACUGGGUCUUCAACACAGAGGCUCAUCCUCUCCCAGUUCUUCACAAAGAGGAUGGGAAUAAAGAAAACAACCAGAACUAGAUGAAGAUUAAGUUAUAUUUUGUUUCAUUCCUUGUGUUUCUUUUCAGGACUUGGGCACAUGAUUUGGUUUUAAAUUCUUGAGUUAAUUUUUUUAAUCAAGUGUUUUGCAGUCUGUUUUCUUUUAAUAUUUAGGAAUGGACCCAAACUAAUUACAAUAUAACUGGAGUCCUCUAAUCCAGCUGAACCACUUCUUAGAAGAGAAAUAGGACAUGUCUCCAGAUUUUGUUAGACUGCAGUGCCAUCUUGGCCAAAAAGAGAAGAGGGUCUGCAUGUUACUUGUUUCCCGUUAUGCUUUUAAUUUGACUGCAAAAUUCUUCUCUCCUCUGUGAGGAGAUGUCUGCUUUAAGCUGUAAUAUUUUGCCAUGUUGCAAAAAGCCAUAUUGAAUUAAGUAUAAAGAGCUUUUUUUUCCU